AAGGGUACCUCCAGCUUCGGUAAGCGUCACAACAAGACGCACACCCUGUGCCGGCGUUGUGGACAGCGUUCUUUCCACAUCCAGAAGUCGACUUGUGCCAACUGCGGUUACCCCUCCGCUAAGACCCGCAAGUUCAACUGGGGUGAGAAGGCCAAGAGAAGAAAGACCACCGGCAGCGGCCGCACCCGUCACCUCAAGGAUGUUCACCAGCGCUUCAAGAACGGCUUCCGCGUUGGUGUUCCCAAGGGCGCCCGUGGCCCCGAGACCGCUCAAUAA